AUGGGGAGGAGGAAGACCUGCGUACAGGUCCAAGCAGUGGUAGUGAUGACAUCCCCCUUCACCUGUCCCCUGUACCCCCAGCCAGAGCAGCCCCCAGCCCCCAACGCCCCUGCCCUCCACCGCCGCUCCGUGCUACCCCCGGCCCGGAUCUCUCCCACAGUCCGAGGUAGACCAGCAGAUCGUGGUGGUUCAGGAACAGGGGUCGGAGGUCAGGAGUGUGAGCGUGCCCUGGUGCAGAAGCUGAGAGAGCGCUGUGAGGACCAGGCUCGACAGCUCCUGUCUCUGCAGGCUGAACUGAAGAGGGCUUCUCUUGGACUAGAGGUGUUUGCCAUUACUACACAGCACUUCUGCCACAAGAGUGAGAAUGCCAUCCUGAAGGAGAGGGAACUGUCCCUGGAGCUUGCCAGGAUAAGGGAUGAAGUGGCCUCAAGUGUGUCGCGGUGGGAGAUUCUGCAGCAGGACAAGGGGGAGUUGGAGCGGAGGUUUGAGCGGGAGCUGGAGGGUCUGCGUGCCCAGCAGCAGAGUGAGCUGGGCCGGCUGGAGGAGAGACUGAGGCAGUAUCACAGCCUAGAGAUACAGCGCCUGGAGGCCCAACGACAGGAGCAGCUGGAGAGACUGAGGACACAGCAGCUGGAGCAGAUGGAGGAGGUGACGGAGAACCAUGAGGAAGCUCUGACUGAAAUGGAGAACAACCACAACGACACGCUGGUCACUCUCAAGGAGGAGCAUGCCAGGACUGUCAAAAACCUGAAGAUGGCCCAUGAGCAGCAGAGGAAGUCACUGGAAGAGGACUUUGAGAAGCUCAGACUGUCGCUGCAGGACCAGGUGGACACGCUGACGUUUCAGAACCGCAGCCUGAGAGACCGAGCCAAGCGCUUUGAGGAGGCUCUACGCAGGAGCACCGACGAACAGAUAGUGGAUGCUCUGGCUCCAUACCAGCACAUUGAGGAGGAUCUGAAGAGCUUGAAGGAAGUUCUUUUAAUGAAGAAUCAACAGAUCCACGAACAGGAUGUCAAGAUCUCGGAGCUGGAGAGAAUGGCCCAAAAGAACGUGUUCCUGGAGGAAAGGGUGCAGAUGUUACAGCAGCAGAAUGAAGACCUGAGGGCCAGGAUAGAUAAGAACCUAGCCAUGUCCAGACAACUCUCGGAAGAGAACGCCAACCUCCAGGAGUCAAUGGAGAAGGAGAGCAACGAGAAGAAACGCUUGAGUCGGAACAACGAGGAGCUUCUGUGGCGUCUGCAGAGCCCUCACAUGUCCCCCACCGGCUCCCCCAUCCACCGAGGCUCUCCCAUCCUCCACUCCUCCAACACCUCCUCCCCUGGUCACCACCGUUCGUCCGCUGGCCCUGGGUCACCCGCACGACCGCACUCCUACCACCAAUGAGACGCCUCUCCUCAAUCCCCAUCGUCUCCAUCUCCCUAAUCUCCUUUUCCAGACGAGGAGGGGGAUGAUGGAAGAGCAUUUCUUCCUCCCACUACAUCCCUUCAUCCAUCCACUGACUUCAUCCAUCCACUGACUUCAUCCAUCCGCUUACUUCAUCCAUCCACUGACUUCAUCCAUCCACUGACUUCGUCCAUUCACUGACUUCAUCCAUCCACUGACUUCAUCCAUCCACUGACUUCAUCCAUCCGCUUACUUCAUCCAUUUAUUGAUUUCAUCCAUCCACUGACUCCUUCCAUCCACUGACUUCAUCCAUCCACUGACUUCAUCCAUCCACUGACUUCGUCCAUCCGCUGACUCCGUCCAUCCACUGACUUCGUCCAUCUGCUGACUUCAUCCAUCCGCUGACUUCAUCCAUUCAUUGAUUUCAUCCAUCCACUGACUUCAUCCAUCCCCUGACUUCAUCCAUUCAUUGAUUUCAUCCAUCCACUGACUUCAUCCAUCCACUGACUUCGUCCAUCCGCUGACUCCGUCCAUCCACUGACUUCGUCCAUCUGCUGACUUCAUCCAUCCGCUGACUUCAUCCAUUCAUUGAUUUCAUCCAUCCACUGACUUCAUCCAUCCCCUGACUUCAUCCAUUCAUUGAUUUCAUCCAUCCACUGACUUCAUUCAUCCACUGGCUUCAUCCAUUUAUUGAUUUCAUCCAUCCACUGACUCCUUCCAUCCACUGACUUCAUCCAUCCACUGACUUCAUCCAUUUAUUGAUUUCAUCCAUCCACUGACUUCAUCCAUCCACUGACUUCAUCCAUUUAUUGAUUUCAUCCAUCCACUGACUUCAUCCAUCCACUGACUUCAUCCAUUUAUUGAUUUCAUCCAUCCACUGACUUCAUCCAUCCACUGACUUCAUCCAUUUAUUGAUUUCAUCCAUCCACUGACUUCAUCCAUCCACUGACUUCAUCCAUUUAUUGAUUUCAUCCAUCCACUGACUUGUCUUGGGAAGUCCCUCUCCCUUUUUUUUAAUUUGGAGGACGGAGGAACUUCUUCUUCUACCCACAACGUCUCUCCUUCCAUCCAUUCAUCCCUGGAACUCUGGGACUUUUCAUCCAUCAUUUUUCAUCUUUCAUUUUUAUUCUCUUUAUUUAAUCAACGUUCUUUUCCCGACGUGGGAGAAAUAUGUCUCCAUCCAGUCAACUCAGAAAUGUUUUCCCCUUAGUGCAUAUUAGUGUCCCUAUCUGAGAAUAGUUGGCUUCAAAAACUUGCCCAGGUCCAAUGUUCCACUACUAGAUGGAUAUAGACACAGGCCAAGGCAACACAUCUGUGUGACAAAUUCUGAAGUGACAGAACGUGUUUCCCAAGUAAGGACCGAGGGCAGAGCUCUCCUCCAUCCCAUCUUGUUUGUAUCUCCGACCUUCGCGUAAUUGUAAUAUCACAAGGUCUGUGCUCUCGAACCACGGAGGUUUUGAAAUGUAGGAUUUUUUAUUUAUUUUUAACCCCUCUCUCUAUCAAAAACACCCUGAUGCCCCUUUCCUUUUAUGAAUUCUAUCAAGCAGACAGACUGAUGUAGAAGAAGGACUCUCUCCGCCAUUUUGGAUCUCAUGGUGCCUACAGUAUCUCUCUCCAUGUAUUUACCUCCAACUGUAUCUUCAGCUACUGGUCAGAAACGCAACAAUGAAUACAAGAAGCGCCUUCGCUGUCCUGCCUUUACUGUCUGCCUUCUGUAUACAGUAGGCAGGUCUCUCACCAGCAAUAUCCUUCUCAAGCCCCCCCCCCCGGGAACUACACAACAGCAUUAAGAAACAACUGCAUAUGUUUUCAUAAUGUUAGCCUUCAUAUUAGUGCAUAUUACAUUUACGUGUUAGUCGUUUAGCAGACAGUCUUCUCCAGAGAGACUAACAGGAGCAAUUAGGGUUAAGUGCCUUGCUCAAGGGCACAUUGGCAGAUUUGUUUUUUUUUCUCACCUAGUCAGCUCGGGGGGAGGGGGGGGACCUUUC